AUGGUCCCUUUUACUUUUAUGAUACCACCUAACAAGGAAGAGUUACUAGAAUGUAACAGUGAAUAUUAUUUCGUUAGAAAUGUGCUCUCCCCAGAGGAAAUACCCGAAGAAUUGAAAAGAUGUAAGUUUAAUCUAACAAACGAAGGAGCCGAGUUCGUUCUAAGUUCUUUUGAUACAUACUUUUCUGUUUUGCAUAAUGGACAAUUGAUUAGCAGAAUUCUCAUAAAUCAAGCAAAUCAAGAUCUACUACGAGGAGUGUCUCAACUUAACAAGGAAAUAUCAAUUCUUCUGGAGGAUAAGGAUAGCUUAACGCCAGAAAUUACAGCGAAAUUUUUAAAUGUGCUAAAAAUGAUUAUUUAUUUAUUUACGGAAACAGUGCUAUUUAUUGAAAACCAACAACGUUCCGAUGCAGAAAAGGAACCAAGCAAAAGAGGCAAAAAAAAGUCCAACGACGUACAAAUAUCCUUGGAAAAACCGAAGAUUUUGGGAUUACUCUACGAAAUCAUCACGAAAGAAAUAUCAUGUUUUUGGGAAGACAAAAUGGUCGAACAGAGUUUCUUAUCUACCAUUUCGAACCUGUGCUACGAAUUUCUAAAAGAUCCUUCGAUCAAGGACAAAAAUCAAUCGGACACGUUCAACGAUAUAUUCAACAUUCUCGGCCAUCUAAUACAGAACUACAAUCACGGCUCGACUUUUAUGAUAAAAUUGAUCAGCUUGAUCAAACAGCAUGAACAUUUGACGCUUUGCGUGCCCAAAGGGAUCGAAUAUUUAGUUAAACAUUUCAAUUUCAAAAGUUUAUUGUCCGAAUUCGUCAAGGAAUUGACCGAGUGGCAGAUGACCGACAAUUCACAGGACAGUCUGGGUUCGAGGAAUUGCUCGGCCGUUCUAACCGCAUUAGCAGCACUUUUACCAGACCUCAUGCGCGACGAAGUUACUUCUUUGAACAAAUAUUUGUUUUUCGACUCUAAUUCUCUAAGAAUAUCCGUGCUAAUGGUGAUGCUCGAAGUCAUUCUAAACGUUCUAACGAAACACGACUUGGAAGAUCGCGAAAAAGAACUAAGAGACACUCUAUUCGAUAUCGUCAUGGAACAUUGCACUGACCAGUCUGCACUAGUUCGAGGAAGAGUAUUUUCGCAGUUGGCUAGAUUUCAAAAAGCGAACGCCAUUCCUUUGAAAUUCCAACGUACGGUACUGGAAAAGGCCGUUGAACAUCUCACCGAUACCUCACCGAUAGCCAGGAAAUGCGCCGCAAAUUGCGUUACUACCUUUCUAUCGUUCAACGUGUACGGAGCUCAGCUGUCGCUUUCAUCGACGAAAGCCGAAUUGGAGGAGACCCAGAAAAAGCUGACUGAACUACAAGCGCAAUUGAGUAACGCCAAACUCGACGAAGUAACGGAGCUGCAGGCGAAUUGGGAUAAAGUGGUAGGGCCCCUUCAAAAUGAAUUGCAACAAAUAUUAACAGAUUUUCAAGAUGAAGACGGAGAUAUACCUGAAGAAAUAGAAGAGCAAUGUCGCCUUCCAGAGGAUGAAUGCAGAGAAACGAUAAGGAAAUAUUUAAUAUCCGGGCAGUUUAAAGAAGCUUUCCUGUUAAUGAGCGCCGUCAUUAGCAGUAAUACCGUCGUAAAGAGUUGCAUGGAAAACGAAGGUAUUAGUACGUUCGAAAUGUACAUGCGGGCGUUCCACAUGACAUUUUUCAAUUUCACCGAUCUGGUCGAGCAAUUCCAAAACAACCGUUUCGACAACAUAUCGGAAGACGAUCAAAAUCGACUGGCUUCUCUGACCGCCCGGGUGGAUUUCCUGACGAACUGUUUCGAAUUUCUCAGUUUAAUCGAUCGAUCCAUCGAUAGGAUGGUGCAAUUGCUCGAAACCACCUCAGCCAGCGACAUGCACGAAGCCCUGGAGUUUUUCGCCGUGCUGAACAAAUUCAACAUCGACAGAAGCUCGGAGGGCAUUUGCGCGAUAUUGAAGUUGAUGCAACGGAACGAACAAGAACGAAAAGUCGCCGCUCUGAAUUGCUUGAAAAACAUCUACCUGAUUACUAAUACGGAAAAUAUUUCCGAUCACGUUACCAUCGUUGUGGAUUGUCUCGUUCGUUUGGUGAAGUCGAUUCCGGUCGUGGAGGAGAUUAAUAUCGAGAAAAUAAUAUCCAUGUGGGUGUCGCAGGGUGUUUUAGAUAAUGCUUGUAUAGAACGAUUGUGGCAUAUCUUUACGAGGCAGGUGAAAUUAGACGAAGACGACGAAAUCGUCGCCACCGAUCUGUUGAGAAUGGCUUCGCACGGUUCCAAAGCCAUUAUAAGGAAGAAUAUUAAUUUAGUGUCGACCGUGGCGUUCGGUGAAAGAGGUCGUAAAAACCUUAAAUUCCUAUCGGUUUGUUGCGAUUUCUUGGCUAACGCCUACGAGAAGAUCGACAUUGCGAGCAACAAGCCGCCGUUUAAAAUCACGUGCAAAGAGAAAUGUUUUAGCGAUUUGUUAUCGAUUUUGACGGAUUUAGUGUCGACGCCCGUCGGUUUCUAUUGCGAGGCGCUCUUCAGCGGAUUAGACUUCGUCUACAAGUUAAGCAAGAAGCCUUCGAAGUUCUCCUACGAUUUAAUAGAAGCCACGAUUAACGAGUACAACAAAAGACUUGGAGAGGAGAAUUCCACGAUACCGACGUAUUUUUUGAUUAGGAUUUGUCAAAUGUUCGGUUACGUGGCUGUAAGAGAAUUGGAAUUUAUGAACGAUGUUGUUUAUAAGGAAUUGAAGAUUUUGAACGCAAAACAACCCAAAAAUAACAAGAACGUUAACAAACGAAAAACCUUACUUAUAAAUAAAACCUUAAACACCUCGUUGGAUGAAAUCGAAGGAGCCGAAGCCUACGAUGAUGACGCCGAUUUCGUGCUGGGUAAACUAGAAACAUUACCGAGUUCCGGCCCGUUGAAUAUGGGAGUGCCAUUAAUAUUAAGUAUUUGCCAAAGACCCGAUAAAUUCAACAACGAAGACUUACAAAAAGCAGCCACAACCGCUUUGGCGAGGUACAUGCUCGUGUCUAACAAAUUUUGCGACGCUCAAAUGAGCCUUUGGUUUACCAUUUUGGAGAAAACCACCUAUCCCGAAGUCAAAGUAAACGCUUUGGUUUUUACAUCGGAUUUGCUUUCGAGGUUUCCGAACUCGAUCGAGCCUUGGAUCAAUCGAUUGUACAAAUGUUUGACGGAUCCCUUGCCGAAAAUUCGCCGAGCGACGUUCUUCGUGUUGUCCCAUUUGAUUUUAACUGACAUGAUUCGGGCGCAAAAUCACUUGCCGAAAAUGGCCGUGUUGUUUAACGACAGCGACGAGUCCUUAAGGGAUAUGUGCCACACGUUCUUCCUGAAAUUAUCGCACAAACUGAAAAAUAUAAGCAACAUUAUACCGGACGUACUUGAUUAUUUCACACAGGAAAAAUUCGAUAGCAAAACCGUUAGAAGUACAAUGAAGAUAUUGUUUGAUCUGACCGAAAGCAACAAAUACAAGGAGAACAUCAUCACCAGGUUCUGUUCGAAGUUUCCAAUUACCGAUGAUUCGGAAGCGCACAAUCACAUUUCCUACUGCCUAAGUCUGAUCAAGUACAACGAGAAAACUCUCAAGAGGCUCAUCGAAGAGUUUCCCAUGUAUAAAAAUUACUUGUGCGACGAGGAGAUUUACUCCAAUUUCAAGCAAAUAAUGCAGAAUUGCAACAGGGGAUUCGGUAGUAAGCAGGAUUUGAAGUCGCUCACAGCGGAAUUGGAGAAACUGAUUACAGCCUCGUUGGGUGUAAAUGAUGAUAGCACUGUUUCCAUGCCCCCUCCGGCCGCCCCCCGAUCUCACAAAAAACAAACGCAAAAAGAGAACCCCAAAAAGAAACAAAAACGGAGCGUAAGGAGAAAACGUGUCGUCAGUAGCGAUUCGGAAUCUGACGGUAGUGAGUGA